AUGCAUCGAACAAUCGCUCACUGCGUCCCUGAAGAUGCCAAGGAGCUCGCCCUAGCUCAUCACACAAUCUUCUCCAGAGGCCCUGUUUACCACACUAUCUACGCGGGUGUUGACCAAGCAAUAGUCAUAAAGACGUACGAAAAGCGCGUUUCCAAUCUGAUCACAGAACAAACUUCUUUAGAUCCAGAUCGUGAGGUUCAUUUCCUAAAGAUCGUAGGUGAUGGCAGUGACGAGAUAAUGGCCUACAUCAUCUGGAUCUAUAUGCCGCAUGGAUACGAUCAUGCUAAGGAUCCACAAGAGAGUACUGCAGACUUUCCAGCAGACAGUAAUAUGCCUGUGGUGGAGGAUUUCAAGCAGAUGCUUAGGGUAGUGAGGGGUGAUGAUGAAGGGAGGAAGGGCCCGCAUUUCUUACUUGCACUGCUAGGAACGCAUCCAAAGCAUGAGCGGAAGGGCGCGGCUACAAUGCUCGUCAAAUGGAUCUUUGAGCGAGCAGACAAGGAGCAAUUGCCCUGCUAUGUGGAUUCUAGCCGGACCGGCCAUGCACUGUAUGAGAGACUAGGAUUUCGAGACUUCGGCAAAGCGUGCGUUGACUUGGAUAAAUUUGAGGGUGGCAAUGGUGCAGGCUUACAAACAUGGUAUGCAAUGAAGAGGGAACCUCAGAAAGAGUUAUGA